UUAAAGAAAAGAAAUAAUUUUAAAAUUAGAUGAUUUAAAUAUAUUGCUAAGACAGCUGAUAAAGACUAAGUAAACCGAAACGUCCUGUCGAUUUGAUUAAUAAAAUUAAGAAUACAUUUUUUUUCACACCUAAAUUAAUGUUCAUUUUUGGCCUACUCUCAUUUAUUUAUAAAAAAAAGGGAAUAAAAUUGAAAAGCUUGUAGUUGUUCAAUUUCCAUAAAUUCUUAGCUGGCAUUUUAGAGCCACAUUCUUAAAUAACACAGUUUUUGAGAUCUUUCGCAAAUUACGUUUUUUCUGAGCAACUUUAAUCCCUCUACAUGCCUUAGAACUAGAUGUACGCGCUUGCCAAUCGCUCAAAACGCCCACGCACUUCUAAACGCUCGUGUGCGCGCACCUGUGCGCGCAAGCGAUGAAAACAACACGGGCGGAGUCUCUCUCUCUCUCUCUCUCUCUCUCUCUCUCUCUCUCCGCUGAUAUUCGUGACACGUCCCACGUGCCGGAAUUCCUGCACCCUACCCGACGGAUCCCGCGGGAAUUUAUUUUCGGAUCGGUAUGACGCCACAUCGGGCGGGCGCGUUUACAAGUAGUGCCGCGCCGCACGGCUCCGGAGCAUCCGCUCCUCGCUCGCUCGAUUUCUCAGUGAGGUCCGCGGCUGCCCGCCGCUCGAGUCCGCGCGACGGGAUCUAUCGAUAUUACGCGAUCGAAAACGCCCAUCUCCGCGCGCGCGGGUGGAAGCAACGACCGUAAUCGAUCGCGCGCGCGCGCGCGGACAAACCGAAAUCCGGUGAGCGAGCUGCAAAAAAAAAAAGGUACUCGCGUGCAAUUAAACGCGCUCGAUUAAAGGCAUUUUUCGCCCUCCUGAAUCCUUUAUACCUGACGUUUCUCAAAAGUGCAUACGCGUGUGCAUUUCCAGUGCUGGCAGGUGUUGAAAAAUUGGCUCUGCAAUUUUCGCUGAUCGCGGUGUUGUCGGUUAGCUGACGUGUUCGAUUACGCGAAACACGCUUCACGUCCAGUGUGCGUUUCGUCACUCGGAGGAAAGGGGGGAAAAAAAGCUGAAACUAUUGUCGUAUUAUCGGCGAGAAGAUUUUGCUGCGCUCCGAUCAAGAAUCACACUUGCCAAGACGUAUUUAACAUCGCGCCCGUUGCGACACAGAUGCACAUAAACCCACCAUCGUAUGAGUUAACGCCAGCGAGCACGUGUGGUGUCGUCUCGCGAGUGCAGGCUGCUCUCGCGAAUUACGAGCCGAGGUAUGCUGGAAGAUGGAUCUUCUACGAAUCGGCUGGCAACGUGAGACGUGACGCGAAACUGUGUGUCUGUGCGCAUCUCUCUCUCUCUCUCUCUUCUUCUCCCCUUUUCUUAGCCGCCGUCAUCUCGGGUGCAAACUGCGAAGAAAGAAAGUUGACUCGAGUUCCCCGCCGCCGCCGUCCGUCGCGAAUUUGACAGGCUGCCAAGCCGCUGCGCGAGGUCGCCUUACGUAACACGCCAUGUAACGCGCGAACUUGGAUCGCAAAAGCAAGCACGAAGACGAACCGGUAACCCGCGCCGUCCUGAUCGUCGUCGUCGAUCAUGUGAUUCGCGCGCGGCUGCUGUUCGCGCGGUCGCGCGGAAAACGGGACUGCAGUUUCAACUCGAAGCUUAUCGCUGUGCGAAUGACCGCUGAACACAGAGAAAUCGGGGAAACUGUCGGGACACACAAUCGUGCAAAGUGCGAUAUCCACUUGCUUUUUAUUUGCUACUAUCUUCUACUGUUAUCAAUAGUGUGAUACACAUAAAAUUACUUCGCGAUAUAAAGCAAUUCGUUAUGCAAUAUAUGUAUGUGACGAGUUGAGAAGUUUCGUGUUAUUUAAAAAUAAUAACAAUUAUUAUUAUUUUCUAAAUCGUUUCAUGCUGAGAACAAAAAUCCAUCGAGCAAACGAAAUAACGAUCUUUCUCGACUGGAAUAAAAUUCAUCGAGGCAAAACAGGACCCGUUAAGAAGUCCACGUUCGGGACGAGAAAUUAAUCGUUGGGCGAGCAAGCGAGCGGUUUUUCCGGCAGAUUAUUCAAGCGAGAACGAGCGAGCGAACCGGGACCAUGAAGAACGCCCAUCCGACCGUCAGCGCGACGACUUCCAGUCCGGUCGGUCCAGAUUCCACGGAGCUCGCCGAGUCCGCGGAGCCGAUCAUCCGGCUGAAGCUGCAGAAACCGCUGCACUGGGAGUGGGAAUUGACGACGUCCGCCGACGCGCUCCCCGUCAUCCAGCUGUUGGACAAGGACGGCCGAUUACUAGUAGAGACCACCGGCCGAACGGCGCAGCGAGCGAGAGGUUCGUUCAAGGAGGGCCUGAAGAUUCACGAGCAAUUCCCCGUCGACGAGUCUAGGGCCAGCUCGAGGAGCAAGGAACAGACGUCGUCCCCGUCGACGUCGUCCACCGCUUCGUCCUUCGUUGUGACGCCGUUCCAGAGCAAUCGCAAUAUCGACGGCUUCAGCAGCAAGUUUGGCACAUGCAACUUCGCGCCACGAAAAUCCCGUAGCGACAUCAGUAUCAACAAAGAGGGACGGAGCAGAAAGAGACACUCGUCCACCGUGGAAGAUCCGACAAUGAAGGCAAAGCUCGAGAGAAAUGUCGAGGAAGCAGCGACGGAAUUCAAGAGGUACUCCGUCGGGGAUUAUCUACGACAGCAAAUCAUGAACGAUCUGUGUACAUCACGUAAUACGAUCGGGAGAACCGCGGACGAGAUCGCCAAGGACAGAUGCAGAAAGGUCAAAGCGUAUCUGAGAAGUCAGAGCGAGUCUCUGCUGAGCUUGGUUCGUGAGGAAGAAUGCAGCGGAGGCGAGACUGUCGGACCGACCGAGAGGAAUCUCGGUGGUUGUGACUCGAAGAGGAACAAUACGGUCAACAAUUCUGAAGAGACCAAGAAUUCGAACGAGGAGAACAAAAGGGCGAGGUCGUACCUACGAACCCGAAGCGCCUUAAUUCCGACGGAGAACUCGGCGAAGGAGAGCGCCAGGCCAAACGAGGAGAACGGAGUCAUUCGCAGGAUAAAGGAUGACACGAAGGAGGAGGAGCUGGCGAGAACCAGAGCGUACCUACGCGAGAAGAUACAGCGGCGAAUGAAUAUGGAACAGGCGCGUUCGAGAUUGACCGUUCGCCCUGGCGUUCCGGAUGCCGAGAUCGAAAAGUCCGGGAUCAGAAAAAGAUACUCGGACUACAGCCACGAGGAAAAUCAGAAGAACUACAGGACGCGAAAGGUGCGCAGCGAGACGAGUAUUUUGCGAUUCAAUCCCGAAGUGAUCGAGCGGGAGAAACUAAAGUCCAACAGACAAUCGGAGAAGGAGAGGCUAACAAACUGCAGAGAAUCCGCGGAGGAGUUUCAGGUUCAAAGGAAAUCGCGUAACUAUCGGCGAUCGAGGAGCGAAGCUUUAGUCCAAACCUCAGAACUGGAUAAUCGAUCGAAACCGCAGCUGAGGAGAGAGUCGUCUAGUUUGGAUAGAAGGAAGGUUUACCGAAAAACCAAGAGCGACGUUUUGCUCGGACAAAUGGCGAUGGCGGCGGCCAACGGGAACAGCGUCAAAGAUCUCGCAAAUCCCCUGAGACAUAUAAGGAGUCAGGAGAACGUGGAGGAGUCCUGGCGAGAAUACAAAGAGCGGAAAAGGAGCGAGAGACUUCGUCGGGAAUCGGGUAGAGAAGUGCCUGAAGAGGACUUCAUGAGUAAACCGAGAUGGAAGGACCUACAACGAGAUCUCUGCGGCUCGCGCAACUGCAAAGUCUGCCAAAACUUACGAAACUGCGUGGAUCCGUUUUACGAUCGAAGUGAAAAGAAUCGUCAAGAAGACGAAGAAAUGUUAACGAGAAAGGAAGUUACCGCAAAACUUCUCGAGAACGAGGCUUCGCCGACAAAUAACAGCAGACCCAGCACCAGUUUGCAGGAGAAUUAUUUGCUCGUCGGACAGAAAAACACGAAUGGAUGCCAAUCGCCAAUCAUCGCCAAAAUUCAAGUGAAAAAUCGCGGCAAGGACAUUGGCAGCGUGUCCGCGUUGAAUGUCAAUUCACCGGAUUUCGGGUACAACUCAAUUCCGUCGAAGAGCUCCUUCAAGGACUAUCGGGAGUUAUAUGCACGCUCGAACGUGAAGAAAAGCGACACUUUCAAGAUCGUCGACGGAAGCGAAGAUCUUGAAGAGGAACGCGCGAACGACUCUGAUUCGAGAAUAAACGGCGACGACGGUUCUGACAGCAAUUUCGGCUAUCUGAACGGCAAAAUUUCUCUAGCGAAUAAAUCGAACGAGGACAUCACCAAGGAUUACUUCAAAAGAGUUUACGAACUGCUGAAGAGGAAGCAAGAAGAGAAACCGGCGGAUGAAAGUCACGAGUCUCUGGGUCAUGAUGAUUCUUCGUCUUCGAAUUAUGUCGAGGAAAUACAAAAGAAGAAGCAUCACCGCAGGAAAAAAGACAAAAGUCCUCAAGGUGAGGAAGUGGCGACGGUGCCGUCCACCAGCAACGGUCAGGAAAGCUGGAAAGCGCAGAGGCUAGCUGUAAACGGGGAAUCACCGCAAUCGAGCAACCGUCGCCGCGGCUGCCGGCCUCAAUUGCAACCGGUCGUUUCCGGCGGUAAGAGAAAUCGGCCGGCGCCACCCCCGCCGUCGCAGCCGAUAUCCUACAGGGUCAAUGCCAAGGAUCAGAUCGAGAGGUACUUCGACUGGCCGAACAAGGAGAACACACCCGGAAAUGCCGUGAAUCAUCGCGAGAACGACCAAACGAACGAAAUCCAGGUGACCGAGGAAGCGAUAAUGGGCUCGAAUUUGAGCAGACAUAACGGAAAGGGCCUCACCGGCCGGCGCACUCAAUCUUCCGGGAAUCUGUGCGAUCCCAAAGGAAAGCUCAAUAGUAUGGGGAAGAUACUGGUGCCCUGCUCCAGCGCGCAAAGGGAGAGCAGGUACAAAUUUUGCGGUUCGCUGCCAAAUCACUUGGACGAUAAGGAUACGCUGGACGACGAUGAAAGGGACAACAAUAAUGUUUCGUCCGAGAAUGUUGGCGGAAAUUUCGGCACGUUACCGCACAAGAAGCGCUCGUUAGGCGUGCACUUCUCGGACAGCGAACCGACCGGCACUCUGGAUCUCGUCAAGCACCGAUCGCAGGAUUCCCUGGACGAAAACGAUCCUUGGAGGUAUCAGCAGAGCGACCUCGACCUCGUGCGAACCCGCCACGGUACGAGCUUUGACUCGGUCAAGAGAAAUCGCAGCGCCGACACCGUGCUGGUCGGUUCCGGCAGGCGAUACGGGGGUCGCGGUGUGUCCUCCUCGGAGGACAACAGAGGACAACGGAACUCGGACCUCGACCUGGUCGGCACGCUGCCGAAGCGCAAGCAGGAUCCCAGGAACAGCAGCGGCAGGAGCCUGCAAUCGAACUCGUCGUCCUCGCAGCCGUGCAUUACGAUCAACAACGUUGACGACGAUCUGCUGAUGAAGAUGGUGCACAAGCCCGACUGCGAGCUGCUCAAGCAUCGCCAGCAGCUUGGCGGCAAGUGCGUCGAUCUGAAGCUGAGCAAGCUUCAGAGCGGCGAACCGCAGGACCAGGGAUACGCGUCGGAGCGUUCGCCCGAGGACGAGCAUCCGCCGUCGUUGCCGGGCCAGCCGUUUCCAAAUGUGACACCCGAAAACACAUUCCGGGUGACGCUGCAGAAGAGCAGUCGCGGACUCGGCCUGAGCGUUUCCGGUGGCGGCACUGCGGGGCCCGUCCGAGUGAAAAGACUCUUUCCUCAACAGCCCGCCGCUCUCUCCAACAAACUUCAAACUGGCGACAUACUACUGGCUGCCAACGGGAUCCCGCUGACUGGCCUCACCAAUUACGAGGCUCUCGAAGUUCUGCGUACGACGCCCAGCACGGUCGAGCUGGUGGUGUGUCGGCUUCCUGGAGAUAGUAAUGUCACACCACCCGGUGCACCGCCACCACCCCCAGCAAGGCGAGAGCCGCCACCACCGUUACGUUUACUCAACCCUCUACCGCCUUUGCAGAUCGAACCCUGCGGUGAGUUUGACAUCGAGAUGACAAAGGUCGGUGGCAGCCUUGGUUUUACCCUCAGAAAGGCGGACAGCAGUGCCUUGGGUCACUAUGUACGUGCACUAGUUCGAGAACCAGCGCUCAGCGACGGCAGAAUCCGACCGGGUGACAAAAUCGUCGCGGUGGAUGGUGCACCGCUAUCGCCGAUGAGCCACGAGGAAGCGGUCCAGCUGCUACGACAAUGCGGGCCGACGGUAAAACUGCGGCUGUACCGAGAUCUGGCGCAGACUCCUGUCUCAGCGCUCUCGCCUACCGAACCCGACCAUCCUCUCCGUCCGCCACGAACGAGCUUGAGACAAGAAGCUGUGGAUAUGUUGUGUGACUUGGCAGUCCGGAAGCUGUCGCCCGGUACAUCGAGCGGAUCCAGUAGUUGCAAGCAACAGUCACCUGGUGCAUCAUGCAAUUCGCCCCGAAGGCUACGUCGACUUGGCACGCGUACUCCCACUGCCGAAACCGAUCAAGAAACUCCCGAGAGCAAACUGCAAACGACGUCGUCGACGGCCAGCCAAGCGGAGACCACGUCAGACUCGGACCAGUGCUCCGUCAGGACGCAAAUCACCAAUUCCCAGGCGAACACACCUGCGACCGACAUAAUCGAUCCACCGGCACUCUACGUUAUCCACGACGACGACGUCUACGACGACGACGACGACGACGACGACGGCAACGUCAAGUCGAAGUCAAUGUCGAACAGUGCCGUAGCCAGGCCUCGUUUCCUCGAUUUGUCGGCACCGCAGGGUAAACCGCAUUUCCAGUUUUGCAGCGUUGACUCCGACGGCGAAUAUCCUCCGGAUAGCGACGUGAUCCUCGCCGAGGCGGAACGCGGUCGACUGGCUGAACCGAGCUACGACGACGACAGGAGUGUUACGGUGCUUUCGAGCGACGAGCACGACAAUAAUCUGCCGUCCGAGCCAGCCUCAAUGCCGCCGGUGCUCUCGUCCACCAGCAGCACCAGUACCGCCUUCAGCUACAAAAAUCCAGCUUAUCAGAGCGCCAAUCCGGCCUGCGGCAGCGCCGGCAGCGAUCCGGCUGGAACCAAGAGCAAGGCCACUCACUCGAGCGACCAGGACAUCCCGGGGAAGAUUUUGGGAACGGACGACCCGGGUGGUAGCAAAGGGCUAUUGAAGUGGAAGGGCGUAAUGUUCGCUCCAAACGACGAGGUAGAUCAGGACAUAGAGCACGAUCAGGAAGAGGACGGGAGAGACACCACGGAUUCGGUCGCUCGCAACGAGAACUUUGAACAAGGCAGUGAGGUGUUCAUGGUGGAGCUGACGCGUGGGUGGAAUAGUCGACUGGGCUUUAGUUUACAGCCGGAAGGAAAUCGUACGGUGAUAUCGGUUGUGCAUCCCGAUAGUGUCGCGGCAAAGGAUGGCAGGCUCAAGCAGGGCGAUGUGUUAUUGAUGGUUAAUGAAGAAAGUGUGGAACACAUGUCAACAGCCGAUAUAAUAGAUCUAUUACGCAAGAUACGCGGCUCUAUAGGUAUCACGGUGAUGAGAAAAUCUAAACAGGAUAAUAUAACGUGACACUAGUCCAGUGCGUGAUCGAAACAAAGAAGCCGAAGGUGAGAUGAUCCGAACGAUAUUAUUCUUUAUCAGCAACAGCAGGUUUCGUUUAGACAUGAAUCCAGCGUGAAGAAAGUUUAACCAAGAAAAGACACUGGUUUUUCUCAACAAAACGUUCAUUAAGUUUUGAAUAAUGAGAGAUCAUAGAAAUAAGUAGGGAAAAAGAAUAAUUAUUAAGGAAUAAAAUAAAGAUUAUAAACGAAGAAAGUACAAUAAGAAGUAUCAUGAAUAGGUGGAUCCUCGACGUCGGAAGAAAGAGUAAAUCCCCGGCCACUGUCAAUGACGAAGAUCAUCCGAACGAAGAAGCGUCUUCGGAAGAUAAUCUCGCUUUAUGUGAAAGACAGUGCGGGCGCUUCCGACCGCAAAAAGGGGUCAUCCGCGACCCGAUCGAUUACAAAAGACUGCCGUCGAGAAAUAUUCGCAUAGAUGCCAUCCAGAUAAUAUCCCUGACGAAUGUCCAAAGAUAAAGAGUCACUUUGUUCUUGCGGGAUUCUUCGGAAGAAACGUCAGAGAUGUGAAAUUAAGGUGUUCCACGACAUCGCACACUUCGCUGUUCCGAUUUCGCGCAUGAAUCAGCCAAUCCUAUAACGUAAUCCGCGAAUAUUAAUCAAUAUUAUUUACGAUUGUAGGUCCACUAGAACACGCGAUAACGCGAUUAUGAUUUAUCCCAAAAGAACGCCCGACAUGCUGACCGUGACAGAUUGCGCAUUAAUUAUAGGAUAAUUGAAUUGCUCUCCUGUAAAUUUGAAUCUCUUCGAUCUCCAACUAUCGGCGCUCGUUAGUGGUAUUCUUGAUAGUUUGCGAUGUAAUGUUCGAGUGACAUCCUCUUAUGAUUAAUACGUCCUUUAACGAAUUUGAAAAUCAAAAAGCAUUAAUCAAAGUUAGAUAUAAAUUGCGAAAUGAGAUGUGGUCGGUUGUUCAGUCGGAACGGAAAUUAUCAAUUAUCCAUCGGGAAAACGGACUUAAUUUUUUUUUUUUACGAAAUUGUGCGCACGAUACAUGUUGUAUAUAGCUGUAAAAAGAUAUUCUUUUAAAUAUCCUCACGAACGUGUAUGGAUAGAAAAACUCGUCUAGAAACUUGUAGUAUAUAUCUUACAUAUCCUUGUAAGUUAUGUGCAUAUUCCAUCAAUAUUUAUUCCAAACAAGAAAGGAAUACAGAAUUCUAUGGGAGAUAGAAAUUUAAAUAGCGGAAGUAUCUGUAACUGAAUUUUUCGCUAAGGAUAUAACAUUAAUUUUUUCUUGAUAUAUUUAAAAUAGUUCAACUUAAAAAUAAAAUUAGAUUUUAUAUUUUUCCGAAAACAUGACAAUUCUUUCUUCAAAUUCUUCGAAAAUAAAACUGCGCUAUUGUACAAAACAUUAAACGUGUAAAUACUGUAUUUGUAUUUUAGAUUUAGAAAAUAUAAUUUCGAAAGAGCUUGUCUAUGACCGUGAACCCGUGUGAACAAAAAAAAUGUGGAUUAAUUAAUUUUACUCGUCUCGCACCGCGCGCUAAAAAUAAGUUUCACAUGAAAUAAAUCCAUUGUGUGAGGCAGCCAGCUUACAUUUCGGCUUUAACUUCGUCCAAUUGUGAUUAGAUGAGAAUUUUACAAUAAUUAAUAUUCGUAAUUAAAGCGUGUGAUAAAAGAAGCUCGAGUUUCCUCAAGCGGAAGAGAUAAUCUAUUUUCAGGAAUUUCCCUUUAACUGAUGAAAUUUUUAAAUAAUGUAAUAAAUUUAACUUGUUAACUGAGAGGGAUUAAAUAAAUAGUAGGUGACAAUUGGCCUUUUUGCGGCGAAGGCAGUCUUUUCGCCGUAUUAAUAUCUAACUUCUUUAGAGGCUAUUAUAUCCGGUCUCUUAGCGAAUCAAAAGACAAUCUAUCGUAAGCGCCAAGAACGAACGAAUCGUGAAUGAGUCGCUGACGAAAAUCUGACGAUAAAUUAAUUGUGACUACUGCUUGUAAGAUAUAAUGUCUCGUAUGUAUAUAUAUAUAUAUAUAAAAUACUUCAAUUUUCCCUGAGAGAGUCAGUAGACAAUUACGCAUGGGAUAAAAACUAAAAAUCGCUUGUGUAAAAUACUUGAGGGAUGUAUCAACGUUCGAGUAACUACCUCGCGUGAUGCCAUACCACAGCGGAACAGACUACUAUUAAUUGCGUGAAUCUGUUUAAGGAAACAGCUAUUUUAUGCCCGAAAACGUGUGUGUUUCCUAAUCGUAUGUGUGUGUAUCUCCUCAAUCGUAUAACGUCAAAAGAUCACAAAAGAAAUAAUUGAUUAUUCUUAAACGGCUAAUGGAAUAUUAGAUACAACAAUUAGAGACAGUAGCUUGUUAAAGUACACGAACCAUUUACACUAUUACAUGAACGACGCUUCUCGAACCGUAGAAAGUUUUCGUUUCUGCGAUAUAAUGCACGCAACAAGGAAAGAGGUGUCGACACGAUAUAAUGCUUAACGGUCUAUAACAGUGCAAUAACGUUAAGUAAGAAUUAUAGAUGAGAACAAUAUGUAAUGAAUGUGAUAGUCGUUCUGUUUAGAACGUUAGCGCUGUAAAUUUACGAACUUAGACAAAUUCAUCAUGCAAAUUGCACGGUAUGUAUAUAUAAAGUUAACUGUACAAUUGUAUAAAUCGAUACCAAAGUUGUAUUAAUAUCAAAGUUGUGUAAUAUCAAAGACAAAUAUUUUACUGUGUAACCAAUUGUUAGAGAUGGGCAGCUAUAUUUUGACAUUAUGUUAAGCUUAUUAAAUUAUUGUUAGUAUCUAUGAAUGUACAUUCAAAAUAUGCAAGUUUUAUCGAAAUUUGCGCCAAUUGUUUCUCCUUUUCCCGUUUGAUAUAGUAUGAUAUGUAUAUAUUCAAUAAAAUUUUAAUUGUUUCUU